AGACCCUCCGCCUCUUUCGCCCCAUCUGCCAUUUUGGUUUUGUUCCCGUCUGCAGUCGCAAAGCCAGCAGCGCAGUUACACGAGACUCUUCUUAACGGCAUAGUGACUCGACAGUAUAGCGCUGACAGCCCGAACCCCGUACCCCCGUUUAAUUUGUUGCUACUAACCGUCGAAUUAGUCAAUUAUUGUGAACGCCGACAUCUGCGAACUGCGGGAGAGGAGCGGGUUUGCAUAGGGAAGGCACCGAGAAGGAUUAUUGAUGUCCAGCUCGCCGCUGUCCAAGAAGCGCCGCUUGUCAGGAACAGAGACGAAGACGGGAUCCCACUGCUCCUCCUCUAACUCUGUCAGAACAGAUCUGUCCCACACACCUGCCAACGGCAUGGCUAAGAAUGGCAACGAUGCUGAGAUUGAUGAAGGCCUGUACUCCAGACAACUCUAUGUGUUGGGCCAUGAAGCAAUGAAGCGCAUGCAGAACUCCAAUGUCCUCAUUUCUGGCAUGAGAGGUCUUGGAGUUGAGAUUGCUAAAAAUGUCAUCCUGGGUGGAGUCAGAAGUGUCACUGUGCAUGACCAGGGAGUUGCAGAAUGGAGAGACCUUUCUUCUCAGUUUUACCUCCGGGAGGCGGAUUUGGGGAAGAACAGAGCCGAGGUGAGCCAGCCCCGUUUGGCUGAACUGAACAGCUAUGUUCCAGUGUCGGCCUAUACCGGAGCGCUAACCGAGGACUACCUGACGAAGUUCCAGGUGGUAGUUCUUACUAACUCAACUCUUGAUGAGCAAAAACAGUUAGGGGAUUUCUGCCACAGUAAAGGGAUCAAGAUAAUAACUGCAGACACACGUGGGCUGUUUGGUCAACUUUUCUGUGACUUUGGAGAUGAAAUGAUUGUGUAUGACACCAAUGGAGAGCAGCCUCUUAGUGCCAUGAUUUCCAUGAUCACCAAGGAUUCCUCUGGAGUCGUUACAUGUCUCGAUGAGGCUCGUCACGGCUUUGAGAGUGGUGAUUACGUCACCUUCACAGAGGUUCAGGGCAUGGUCGAACUCAACGGCUGUCAGCCAGUGGAAAUUAAAGUUCUUGGUCCAUACACAUUCAGCAUCUGUGACACAACCGGCUUUUCAGACUAUGUCAGAGGAGGAAUAGUUUCUCAGGUUAAGAUGCCCAAGAAGAUUGGAUUUAAAUCCAUCUCCUCCUCCAUGGCUGAGCCUGAGUUUGUGUUGACGGACUUUGCUAAGUUUGAUCGUCCAGGACAGCUGCAUGUGGGCUUCCAGGCUAUUCACGCCUUCCAGAAAAAGCACAACCGGCUUCCUGCACCUUGGAGCAUGGCUGAUGGUGAAGAGCUGCUCAAUCUGGCCAAAGAGGUGAACUCUGCUCAGACGGGUUCUGCCAAAGUGGAGGAGCUGGACGAAGAUCUUAUCAAAAAGGUUUCGUUCCUGGCUGCGGGGGAUCUUUCUCCAAUCAAUGCCUUCAUUGGGGGUGUGGCUGCACAAGAAGUGAUGAAGGCGUGUACAGGGAAAUUCAUGCCUGUAAUGCAGUGGCUGUACUUCGAUGCCCUGGAGUGCCUGUCUGAAGACGCUGGAGUCCAGCUCACAGAGGAAGAGUGUGCUCCUAGGAACUCUCGUUAUGAUGGGCAGAUCGCAGUGUUUGGUACUAAACUACAAGACCUGCUUGCCAGACAACGUUACUUCCUGGUUGGAGCUGGUGCCAUUGGCUGUGAGCUGUUGAAAAACUUUGCCAUGAUAGGACUGGCAAGCGGAGAGGGUGAGGUCAUUGUGACCGACAUGGACACCAUCGAAAAAUCCAACCUCAACAGACAAUUCCUGUUCAGGCCAUCUGAUGUCACGAAAAUGAAGAGCGACACAGCUGCUGCAGCAGUGAAGAAGAUGAACCCCUCCAUCAGGAUCACAGGCCAUCAAAACCGAGUGGGCCCUGAAACAGAGAGGGUUUAUGAUGAUGACUUCUUUGAAAGCCUAGACGGCGUUGCCAACGCGUUGGAUAACGUCGAUGCACGUAUGUACAUGGACCGGCGUUGUGUUUACUACCGUAAACCCUUACUGGAGUCCGGUACCUUAGGUACCAAAGGCAACGUCCAGGUUGUGAUCCCCUUCCUCACAGAGUCGUACAGCUCCAGUCAAGACCCACCUGAGAAGUCCAUCCCCAUCUGUACCCUCAAGAACUUCCCAAAUGCAAUCGAGCACACAUUGCAGAGAUCCUAAGUUUAUGGAGCGUACACUGAAGCUUCCUGGGGCCCAGCCACUGGAGGUACUGGAUGCAGUUUACAAGUGUGUCGUCACAGACUGUCCACACAGCUGGGCUGACUGCGUAGCCUGGGCGCGCAACCACUGGCAGUGCCAGUACAGCAACAACAUCCGUCAGCUAUUGCACAACUUCCCCCCUGAGCAGCUCACCAGCUCAGGUGCACCUUUCUGGUCUGGCCCAAAGAGGUGUCCUCAUCCCCUAGAAUUCAGCACUAGCAAUGACUUGCACAUGGAUUACGUUUUGGCAGCUGCUAACCUGUUUGCGCAGAUGUACGGUCUGCCAGGUAGCACCGACCGGGCAGGACUGGUCAAGAUUUUGCAAGAGGUCAAGGUGCCCACUUUUACCCCCCGCUCAGGGGUUAAAAUUCAUGUCUCUGAUCAGGAGCUGCAAACGAGCAACUCAUCUGUUGAUGACUCUAAACUGGAAGAACUAAAGACCAAACUGCCGUCACCAGAGUCCUUCCAGUACAAAUUAAACCCUGUUGAGUUUGAAAAGGAUGAUGAUACCAAUUUCCACAUGGACUUUAUUGUGGCUGCAUCCAACCUCAGAGCAGAGAACUAUGACAUUCCGCCUGCAGAUAGACACAAGAGCAAACUGAUUGCUGGCAAGAUCAUUCCUGCUAUUGCCACCACCACAGCUGCAGUUGUUGGCCUGGUCUGCUUGGAGCUCAUCAAGGUUGUGCAAGGACACAAGAAGCUUGAGACCUACAAGAAUGGUUUCAUGAACCUAGCCCUGCCUUUCUUUGCCUACUCUGAGCCCAUCGCUGCUCCAAAACACAAGUACUAUGAAACUGAAUGGAGUCUGUGGGAUCGCUUUGAAGUAACAGGAAUGCAGCCCAACGGUGAAGAGAUGACACUCCGCCAGUUUCUGGAUUACUUUAAAAAUGAGCAUCAGCUGGAGAUCACCAUGCUUUCUCAGGGAGUGUCCAUGCUCUAUUCAUUUUUCAUGCCCUCUGCCAAGCUCAAAGAGAGACUUGAACUACCGAUGACUGAGAUUGUGACCAAGGUGUCCAAAAAGAAGCUGGGCAAGCACGUGAAAGCUCUGGUGUUCGAGCUCUGCUGUAACGACACUUCAGAUGAAGAUGUGGAAGUGCCCUACGUCAGAUACACCAUUCGCUGAGCCUCACCUGGACACCACCCACAAGGAGGGUGGUAGUUGCAAGGGGGGUGCGAGGAAUGGGGGGUGUUCUCAGUGGGGAAAUAGUGGUGUGACAAACGGUGGGGUGGAUUGAUCCAGAUCGGCUCUAUUGGAUCAAUUGGUUUCCUUUUUUAGGCCUGUGGUUUGUUGAAACCUGUGCCUGACUGUACAUAGCCCCAGUAAGCUGACAGAAGGAUACCUGUCUGUGUGUUACAGUUCCACUCGGUGCUUGACUGUGGGAAGAGGAGUUUUGUCGGAGGGGGGGAGCAUGUACAUUGGGCAUCCUGAUGUUUCUCUGUAGUAGAACCUUUAAACUUCAACAACCUUGGUGCCCUCAUUAUUGCAAAAUCCAACUAGUCUGUAUGUACAAUAACACCCAACUAGUAUUCUGAAGCAGAGCUUUAAACACCUGCUUGCUCUCCUCUCUUCUGCAGCUGUUUUCAUAUAGAUCUGCCCCUCAUACUGUCAUUUUUUAUUUUAUUUUAUUUUUUUAAAACAAGGCUAUCUAAAAACCCAAAUCUCCCUUUAAUUUUUCCCCGACUGGAAGUGGAAGUACAGCAUCAUCCCGACGAGAAUGCCCUUCCCACUUUGAAGCACCCUUGAAGCCUCAUUUCAGCACUCUGACUGCUGCACAUGACAUGAGUUUUCUCUCCAUUCUCUCCAUGUCAUGCGUUUCUGUUCCAUUUUAUUUUAUUUUCUGGGGGGGAGGGGGUAUUUGGAUGGAGUUUCGGCACACAGUUGGUAGAUCAUCAAGCUGUCUUUCUACUUUGUUAACUCCAAAAUUAAUUAAAUCUAAGAGCGAAGCAUUGAGAUGUAUCUUGAAUGGGAGCACUUAGUGUUAUAGUGAAUAAACAUGACAAAACAA